AUGAUCAGAUUUGUUACUUAUGCCAUUGUCUUUGCGGUUGCGGCGAACCCUGCGCCACUCGAUGAUGCCAAGAUUCCCGCCCUUUCCGCGUAUGGGAUGGAGGAGAUGGUUGUAAGUAGCGAAUAUGGGACUCUCUCCAAGAAGGAGUGGACUGCAAAAUUGGCGGCUCAGGGAUGGCUCCUGAAGCGCCCAGAGAUGGACCAUGACUUCCUCAACUUUACCCCUCCAGCCGAACCCUUACCCAAGCGGGAUGACUGCGAAGCCGUGGCCUACCAGCAGCUGGGCAAACCGGCGCGUUUCGUCGACUGGGACGUGCAAAUGUCUCCUAUCCUCUGCGGCGGUGGUCUUAUGGACCUCUCCGUGGCUGAAGGCUAUACCAUCAGCAACACGUUGGGCUUCAGCGGUUCUUUCAUGCCUUCAGGUCUGAAAGGUCAGCUUGGUGCUUUACUCGGGGUUGAUUUCAGCCGCACCUGGACGACGACAAAUGUGCGCACUGUGACUGGGCAUGUGAUCAACGGGCAGUGUGGGUGCAUGAUCUACAUGCCGUUGGUUACACGAUACUAUGGCAGGGUGUUGAGGGGCUGCGUGGGAGUAAUGACAGAGGUUGGAAGAUACAUGGUGACUCAGCAUGCAUCGGCGUCGUACGAGGGCUUCGAAUGGGUCUCGGGCGCGAUAUCCGUAUGCAACAGAACGCAGUCAUAUCCUCCUCUUCAAAGGUGCCAUGGCGGUGGGUUCUUGGUCUAA